AUGGAAGAUGAGGAUGGCUACAUGAUGCUGAAUUGCAAAAAUAAUUUCAAAUACAGGCAGAAAACUAAAGAUUUCUCCCCGUAUCCAUAUGAUUAUUGUAUUAUGCUAGUAUUUGGAUGCAUUAGAAUCCUUAUUUUCAUGAUGAAAGUGAUUGGCCCAAACUUUUGGGUACAGGUAAAAAAAUUGGAUUCCUCACAGAACAUAAAUAUCAGCACUCUAGCAGGAAAUAAUUAUAUGUGUCCAAAUCACUGGCUGUUGAACCAAGGGAAGUGUUACAAGUUUUUAAUUUCUUCUAAUACUUGGAAUGAGAGUCAACAUGACUGUAUAAAUCUCCAGGCACAUUUGCUAAUGAUUCACAAUUCUGAGGAGCUGGAAUUUAUACAGAAGAGUUUAAAACCUGGACGUCUUGCUCAGAUUGGACUAUAUAUGAUAUCUCCAAGAAAACAAUGGAUGUGGAUAAAUGAACACCUUUUUGUAGAACAAAAAAUGUAA